AUGUUUAAAAAUGUCUUUCUUCUUUCUUUAAAUCAGACACAAGGACAAGAUCUAGACAGGGUUAGUCUCAGAGUGGACACCUCGGAGUGGACACUUCAGAGUGGACACCUCAGAGUGGACACUUCAGAGUGGACACCUCAGAGUGGACACUUCAGAGUGGACACCUCAGAGUGGACACUUCAGAGUGGACACCUCAGAGUGGACACUUCAGAGUGGACACUUCAGAGUGGACACUUCAGAGUGGACACUUCUGAGUGGACACCUCAGAGUGGACACCUCAGAGUGGACACCUCGGAGUGUGUGUCCCCCUCUGAGGUUGUUAUGGAAUUGUGUUGGAUCUUGUCCCCCUGA